CUGCACUUAUGGACGACAGCAAAGUGGCUGGAGGCAAAGUGAAGAAGCCGGGGAAGCGAGGCCGUAAACCAGCCAAAAUAGAUUUGAAAGCCAAGCUUGAGAGGAGUCGGCAGAGCGCGCGAGAAUGCAGGGCGAGGAAGAAGCUGAGGUACCAGUACCUGGAAGAGCUGGUGUCAAGUAGAGAGAGGGCAAUCUGUGCGCUGCGAGAAGAGUUAGACAUGUACAAACAGUGGUGCACGGCAAUGGACCAAGGAAAAAUCCCCUCUGAGAUCAAAGCCCUCCUCAGCGGGGAAGAGCCAAGCAAACCCCAGCAGAACUCUAACAAGCUCACCAAGGCUGCCAAGGCAGACACCAACAACCACAGUCCAUUUACCAUGUUUGCCUGGAACGUGGUGAUUAUGAUGGACUGA